GGGAGGUAGCAAUGCCACGUGACCAACGCUAUCCUUCGGCGGCAGGGGUAGCGGUUUUCUUUGUCUCAGGACUGCAGUGAAGCGAUGUAGUGGGUUGCUAGGGUUUUGACUGGGAAGCGGGACAAGGUUAUUCUAUGGAUAACUCCAGUGACACAUCCGGGGAAGCUCCGGAUCUGGAAGCACGCGAGGACAUGGCCUGCCAGGAAGGCAUGGAUGCUGGAGAGGACUUUAGCACUUUUGAAAGAAGUGAACGUGUUGUCACCAGUUCCCCCGAUCUAGCAAAAGGGGGAGGGAUGGAUGGACAGGGAGAACUACCCAUGCCACCCAUUGUCCGGCAAGGUCCGGUUGCCAUGGAUACGGAUUCGGACACCGGCACGGACAGUGAUGCAAUGAUGGACAGGGGUGGACAAGGUACCGACGACACUACCAGCACAUCUGAAUCGGAAGACACACAAAUCUGGGUGCCCGUAGGCCGCCAGCACAGUAGUGGACAAUCGGGUUCGGAGUCUCUGGAGAGGUACUCAGCCAAAAGCUCCACCCCCGGGGAGAACUCUCUGGAUCGCCCCUGCCCCCGCCGCCCUGUCCCCUAUUACGCUACGAUGAGCAAUGGGGGUACAUUAGGAGCAGAUUCACGGUCGAGUGGCGAGGGAGGGAGGACCUACCAUGCUCCCUUUGUCAAUAACCUCCAGCCUAACCUGCCCCGCAGGAUCAACAUUAUGAGAGAGGAGAGACAAGGCAUCACUGUGAACAUGGCAAGCGAGGCACCUAGCUUCUCCCACUCGCUACCUAAUGGGGAUUCAGGUAUAUGCCAAGAUGGGAGUGAGGCAAGUCCCACGACAGCCGAAGAUGCAUUCCUCCCCGACACCCCUCCUCCCACCCCCAUUUACAAACAACGGAGGGGGAACGCCAGUAGGUCGUCAUAUGACCAUGUGAUACAGGAACCUCUCAUUGACAGCCUGUUCGUCAACCUCAGCGCCCUGUAUGCCAUGUUCGUGAUUGUGCUUGGUUUUGUCAUUCCGAUCUCGGAGACUUUCACCACCGAACCUCGGGCCUAUCUGUUUCAGGGCUUCUACAUCUACCUGUACGCCGUCAGCGUCCUCUUCCUCUUCUUCAUGUACAUCUUCGUCCUGAGAACCCACAGAUGCAGCUGCAGGUGCCCGUGUAAGAAGAGACGACGUCGGGAUCCUCUCAUAGCGGCACUGCAGGACAAGGACUUCAAGAACAGAUUCACCUUCUCUGAUGCAGCACACUCACACACUGGCAGCUUCUACCUCAGACUUGGUGCAGUCGGGUUCGGCAUCGGCAGUAUGAUAAAGAGUGGUCUACAGUUCGGCGAUUUCUUCGAGAGUGACGUCAUGUCCAGCUGUCGGGAUAUCGUGCACGGCAUCUGUCCCAUCAUCCACCUCGUCUUCACCUUCUCACAGCUGUACUUCGUCUUCCUCAACUCCAAGAUAUGCAUCCAGCGUUUCAAGAUUCUGUCGCGUUUUGGCGUGAUGCACCUGGUUGCCACGAACAUAUGUGUUUGGGUGGAGAACAUAGUGGAGGAGACGUUGGUGGAGCUGCAGCAGCAUGUCAGCGAGAUGAGGCUGGGACAGGGGCCUCUCAUCAUCAGGAACAUCUCCGUCAGGGUCCACUCGGCGAACAGGUCCAGCACAAUAGCAACUCCUCAACCAGCAUUUACGACGACAACUACGCCGUCGCCGGGACGACAGUGCCAUCAGGAGAGUCUGAUGAAGAAUGUAGUGGAGAGGUCGGGACCUUAUCUCUACCCAUGCAGUAUUGAAUACAGUCUCAUCUGCGCAGGUAUUCUGUUCGUCAUGUGGCGAAACAUCGGCAAACGGGGGAUCAAUCGAGAACAGGAAGAACAGAGGGAGGCUAAGGCCAAGGCUCAACGCCUUAGCCUCGACUGUACAGGCUCAAGUCGAGGCUUAUUCCUUGGCAUCCUCGUAUUGGUAGCUGUCGUCAUUUCCGUCAUAACGUUCUUCGUUCUGAUUGGCUCCCACGAGCGAAACGAAGCAGCUAUUAUGGUUGAGCAUCUCUCAGAAAUCGUCAUCUACAUACUCACCUCGUUGGCUGUAAUUUUAGCAUUCUACAAGAUGCAGGGUCUCCGAUUCCGACUCGAGAAAUCUCUGGAUUUGGAAGAAUCUCUUAUUCUCAUAUCUCUGCUUGGAAUCUACACGUUUUCUCUAUUCAGCAUAAUCUCAGCAGCCUUCAUUUCCGCGCAAGCGCAGAGCCUCCUUAUCAUUAUUUCCAGCGUUCUGCGCAUGUUUCAAGCUACCGUACAGACUGUGUUUAUCAUGAAUGCUCUAAGGAGGUAUGCAUAUGUCAAAGACCACGAGAGACGGAAACCAGGGAGGGAAUUUGUUACGUUUUUGCUGGUCUCAAAUAUUGCCCUGUGGGGCAUAAACACAUUUGAAGUCCAGCAAUCAGAAGCUAACCCUAUUCAAAUUGACUUUUUUGGAGUGUUGCCAUGGAAUAUCUUCACACAUAUAUCCAGCCCGUUAGCUAUCUUUUAUCGUUUUCAUUCGACCGUGUGUUUAUCAAACAUAUGGAAACAUGCUUGGAAGCGGAAACGUGCUUGAACAAAGGGAGAUAAAUCUGAUCUUCAUGACACUUGGGUAAUUUAUAAAACUGGAUCAUAAGGCAAGCUUAUCACAGUGUUACCUCAUGAAAUACCUUACCUCAAUUAAUCGAAAUGUGCUUACAAUGAAAUGAUCAUUUUUAUUAGUCACUGUAAUGGCGUAUAGCAGUGUCGGGCAGAUCUGGUUUCUUACCCACUUCAAGCAUGUGUCAUACCCUGUUACUGGCAAAAACAAACUUGUUUAGCCAAUCAAAUGCCAUGUUUCAUAUGUCCAAAACCCCGUUCAUCCGGACAACUAUUAAGAGAACAAUCGGAUUAAAGAGGUCAACCUUACAACCUGCUGCAAUGGUGGAUAACUAACAAGAACAGUGGUGAUGCGGCCUUAAUCCAAUUGUGGGUUCUGGUAAAGAGUAUAGUAUCCUUACCUGUUUUCAUCCACAUUAGCAUUACUUAUUUACAAUCUAUGGAUACAUGUGAUGGCAGUAUACUAUAGACAGGCUCCAUGUACAAGAUGAAUCGAAUGGUUUUUCAUUGGAGAUCCGUAAUCAGAGCUAUACUGAUAUAAAUUAAAUGCAAAGAGAAAUGUAGAGAACUGGUGGCAUGAAAGGCAGGCAUUACAAAAAAGUCGUGUGAAGCAGCGGAAAAGAAGAAACGGUUCAAGGGAAGCAACUCUUGCUAGUAUGCGACAUCCGAGGAGGAAGUUAUAUUGUGGAACUCUUUGUGAACAGGAUUUACAAUGAACUGAUCUAACAACCUUCUACCACAUCACUUAAGAUUGACAGAUGGCUUUGAAUUCAAAACUCAACAUUCGGUGUUCCAUCCUCGCUUAUCUAGUGCAAAUAAUAAAAUGGACACAUAAUACACUGAAUAAUCGAGGAUGGUGAGGCUAACAUGACAAGCAAAGUGACUUUUGAUUGGUUUACGAAACCGUCGACUAAAUGUUUUAAUAAUAUGCUUUCUUAAAACUAAUUUUAGGAAAUUUGAAAGUAGGGGAAGGUAAAUAAGCAUUUGACUUGAUAUAUGUUAUGUCACCAAUCAAAAAUACUUAUACAAGAUCCCUUUAGGUGUUUCGACACCCGGUCAUAUGGUAUUGGAAAAUCCGUGAACCAGUUGAAUGUAAAAAAGAAAACCUCCUCAGGUCCUGCAAUGAGCAUGAAAAUGAACAUAACAAUGAACAUAACAAUGAACAUAACAAUGGACAUGACAAUGGACAUGACAAUGAAAACCACAGAUACAUUUGACUGAAGAUUGACAAAGGAGUUUUUUCUACCUCCUGAAAUUGUUGAACUGUCGAACUUGAUACAGCUUUUAAGAUUCGAAUGGAAUUUACAGGGAUUGAAUCAGCGUUCGAAACCGAAACCGUGAAUCACUAAAGACAAAUAUGUGUUGCUCAAUGUGUUUUUAAGUUUAUUUGGCAUUCAGCUAUUAUGAUCAGUCGA